AUGGUGCUCUCAUUGAAAAGAGGAUCAUCUGUGAACGCGGAGCAGGAUAAAGAAAACACUUUUUCCGAGUCUCUGUCGUAUCCAGCACGCAAAAAGCCUUGUCAUCUGGCAUCAAAUAAGGGGGGCUUGCUCUACACACGUAGUUGCAAGAACUCGUCUAGCGAGGAUGAGUCUUCUGAAGACGAAAGUUCAAGAAGACCCACCACUCUCAAGGACAGAAAUCGGCUCAGAAACAAGAGAAGAAAUCACAGAGAGCUUCUGAAGAACUCGCUUUCUUCUCCGUUACUGGAUCUCAAAAUCUCCAAAGCUGUGAGUCAAUACAGUGACGAUGAAGAUAGUCACGACUCUAAGCCUUGUGAUUCCAGAGGCUCUACUGAAGCCACCUCAAAUAAUGGUAUGUUCAGCAGAAGAAGCUCAGUGGUGACUUCUCCAGCCAACGUUUCACAAACGGUUUCUCUUGAAAUGAGUCCAAAAUCAAGACACAGUCUUCCAAACUCGGACUUUGCAGCUAGAAGUCGCUGUUUCGAGUAUCUUGUCGGUGCUAUCGACGAGGCUUGGGCCAGAUACUGUGAUGCAACGGCAGUUGACGAGGACGAAGUUUACGGGUAUGAUGGAGGCAGCGCCAUUCCACAGACCCCCAAUUCCAUUGCUCUCACUUCUGAUGAAGAGGAAGGAUACAAGUCGGAGAUUUCCACACAUACUAAUAUUACAGAGUACGAAAGUGAUUAUCCUGCAGAGGCUCCAAAGCAAGCCACUCGUCGUGUUUCCGAGGUCCCAGCCAACGUUCGGUUGCAGCAAUUGAAAGAUAGAUUGAUCAAAACCAAAUACUAUCUUCAGGACUUUGUCGAUUCCGACAACAUAAACGAGUGUCUGCUGUUUUGGAAGAAGUGGGAUUUAAUCAAAUAUGCCACCAUUGAGUUGGUUGAAGACGACGACGACGACGAGGUUAUCGAAUCUACUAUCGAGGAGCUCGAAUCUGGUCGUUACUUUGCCUCCAUUGGUGCCUAA